GUUAUGUGCCGAUCAAAUUCACCCAUUCCAAGGAGUGUAGUAAUCGCGGGGCUGUGUCAACGUAUCAAGAUCUGUAUCUAUAUCGACGUCGACAUCGACAAUAAUUAAAAUAAAAAUUAGCCUGGAAGCAGUUUUCCCAGGCUCUCUUCUCGAUCCAAUGCCUUUAUGCUCGGACGGUGAUCUAUUUCAUUCAUUAUGGCAAGUAGCGAAAAGAGAUUAUGGUCUUCGCGAUUCUCCUUCAUACGCACCAAGAGAGUUAUUUUCAGUUUGACCUUACUAGUUAUUACAUCCGUUGUUUUGAUAGCUCUCGGUACUACGCACAUACUUCGGCCCAAGACAAAUCCUAGCGAUGAUAGUCAGCGACCGAGUGACAUUAACAUCACGGCGGACGGCAUCACAACCGCACCGGGCGAUUGGAAGCCGCAUAACUCAAGUACUAUUGCCGAAGGCACACCUUUGCGUAUCAUGUCGCUCGGCGCUUCGCUAGUUCGAGGCGAGUUCUCGACUGGCGAUGUUGGCUUUCGCAAGACGAUGCGCGAAGAAUUGAUUGAUAUCGGUGCUGUCGUCAACAUGGUUGGCUCUCAGCGCUUUGGGGACAUGCUCGAUAACGAUCUCGAAGCCUACGGCGGUAAUCGCAUCAGCCAAAUUCACGAGCAUGCUACGCACAUUGUACCCGAGCUGCAGCCCAACCUAUUCCUCAUCCAAGUGGGAACGAAUAAUGUCCUGCAGAAUCGAGACAUUGACAAGGCUGGUGCGCACAUGGAAGACUUUAUCAACUACUUAUUAAGGGCGUCAACGCGAUCUACCGUCAUAUUCAGCACCUGUCUAACAAACACAGUUCCUAAUUGCGAGCCCAAGAUCCUCGAUGUUAAUAAACAGUACCGAGAUCUCAUCAAGAAAUUUGCCUCGAAGCCUGUCUUAUUAGCUGAAAUGCAUCCUAGUGAAGGCUUCCCUGACCGGCCCCAGGCCAUCGACAUCGGGCCGGAUGGUACGCACCCGACGGACUACGGGUAUAGUCUCAUGGGACAUAUCUUUACUAAGAGUAUUCAGGAGGCAGAUAAGAAAGGCUAUCUCCGAUGGCCGGUCGAAGACGGGCUCGAGAAAGAUGGUGAUGCGGGACGAGCUGAAGAGACUACAACAACCUCUGCAACAACUGAAACCAGUUCAACACGCGCCGCGACGGCCGCAGAGGUCUGAAUAACACAACUAGCCUAAAGUACGUAAUUUCAUAUAUAGGUCGGUCUAGUGUCGAUCAAUCUACGCCUCACUACAUGCGCUCAAAUCGGCGCACAUUUAUGAGUUGAGUCGAGUUUGACCGGAACAUACCGUAAUUUUGUGGUUGCAGAUACAGGUAAUGCUCGAUUUAGAGAUGGAGCUUGAAAAGACGCACCAAUUCCGCAACUCGAAUCGG